AUGGAACCUGGAGCAGCGGAUUUGCUGCAGCAGCAGCUCCAGGGGCUCUUGGAGCAGCAGCACCGCCUGCAACAGCAGCAACAGCAGCAACAGCAAAAGCAACAACAUCAACAGCAACAGCAGCAGCAACACCAGCAGGAGCGGCAGCAGCAACAGCAGCAGCAGCAGCAGCUGCAGUGGCUGAAUACUGCGCUUCCGGAGCGAGACGCAGCUUCAGGCGUAGCAGCAGCGCCAGCAGCAGCAGCAGCGAAAACAGCAGCAGCAGCGGCAACAGCAGCGGCAGCUGCAACGAAGGAAGACGCCCCAGCAGCACCUGGAGGGAACAGUACAGCAGCAGCAUCUAUCUCGACAACGGCUUCUGCUGCUGCUGCUGCUGCAUCUGCUGCAGCGGAUGGGUGCGAAGCAGCAACUUGCAGCAAUCUGCUGCAGAAGGAGGAACCCGCGAGCGACAAGCAGCAGCAGCAGCAACAGCAGCAGCAGCAACAGCAACAGCAACAGCAUACAAAUGCAUCUGUUGCUGCCCUGUUGGCGCUAAGGAGACAGCAUCUGCAGCAGUACCAGUUGCAGCAACUGCAGCAGCAGCGCAUGCAUAGGUUGCAGCAGCAGCAGCUGCAGCUGCUGCAGCAGCAAGCAGCAGCAGCAGCACCAGCAGCAGGGGCAGCCGCAGCAACAGACAGCCCCAGCGACUCUCAUCCACAUGCGGCUCCCGCAGCAGCAGCAGAGAAGAGCCUUCCUCCUGCCGAGGGCUCCCCAGACCUGGCAGCAAGGCUUCUAGAAGGCAGUGCAGCAGCAGCAGGACUGCUGCUGCAGCAGGAGCAGCAGCAGCAGCAUUCGCUUCGCGCUGCAGCAACAGGCGCUGCUGAUGUGGUUGGGGGCCCCACGGCAGCAGCAGGGGCAGCGCAUCAGCUGCAGCAGCUGCAGCAGCUCAAGCAGCAGCAGCAGCAGCAACUGCAGCAGCUGAAACAGCAGCAGCAACAGCAAGCGUCCCUGUUGAGUCUGCGCCAGCAGGCGGCUGUUGCUGCAGCUGCAGCAGCGCAGCGGCAGCAGCAACAGCAACAGCAGCAGCUGGCGCUGCAUCUGAAUCAAGAUACUACAGCAGCAAGCUCCACAGCAGCAACAGCAGCAGCAGCAGCAGCAGAUGCCAGAAGCUUCUUGCUGGAGCAGCCUAGCAGCAGAGCAGCAGUGUUGCUCGCUGCGCUGCAGAAGCAAACGCUGCAGCAGCAGCAGCAGCAGCAAGACCCCUCAGCCCAGCAUGCAGCAGCAUCACGUUCUGGGUUGGGCACACCAUUGCAUGCCUUGUUUGCUGCUGCUGUUGCUGCUGUUGCUGCUGCAGCUGCACUGUACUUGAAUGCUCUGUUACCCCAACAAGGAGCAGCAAACCGGCAGCAGCAGGAGCAGCGCGCUGCGCGGCUGCUGCAGAUGCAGCAGCAGGCUGUUGCGGCUGCUGCUGUCGCUUCGUCUUACAAGCUGCAGCAGCUGCAGCAGCUGCAGUUGCUGCAGCAGCUGCAGCAGAAGCAGCAGCAGCUGCAACAGCAGCAUAUGAGUGAAUCCCCAGGUUCAGCUGCUGCUUCUCCUGCAGCAGCAAGGACGCCAUCUUCAGCAGACAUAGCAGCAGCAGCAGCAGCAACGACCAGUGCUCCUGCGUCAGCUGCAACAACAGCUGCGGCUGCUGCUGCAGCGCAUUCAACGCAGCAGCAGCAGCAGCAAGGAGCCCCCGUUGCGGCAGUAGACAACUGGGUGCAGUGUGAGGCGUGUAAGAAGUGGCGUCGUCUCCCGCUGGGGAUCGAUCCCCACUCGCUCCCCGACUCUUGGUAUUGCUCUAUGAUGCACUGGGAUGCCAGCAGCAGCAGCUGUGCUGCACCUGAAGAAGACUAUAAGGAAGAGCAGCAGCAGCAGAUGCAGCAGCAGAUGCAGCAGCAACUGCAACACCACCACCAGCAACAAUUUAUGCUGCUGCAGCAAAAUACAGUCGCUGGAGUUGAAGCAAGAGACUUAGAAGAGCAAGACCCUGACUUCCUUCCGCACCAACAUGAGCAGCAGCAGCAGCAGCAGCAACUCGCUGCUGCUGCUGCUGCUGCUGCCAACGCUGCAGCGACAGGCGUCACAAAGAGACGCACAAGAAGUUCAUUUCUUGCUGCUGCUGCUGCUGCCGCAGCAACGGGUACGGACUACAGCGCGUCUCCUGGGGGCUGCUGCCCGUCUGCUGCUGCUGCUUCUCUGCCUCCUGCUCUUCAUCAGCUGCCGCCUCACUUGCAGCAGCAGCAGUUGCAGCUGUUGCAGCAGCAGCAGCUCAGUGCAGCGCAACGCGCAGUAGCAGCAGCAGCAGACGGUCGCCACAUCGGCACAGGCUUGGAAGGAGCUCUUGGAGCCCUGCAGCAGCAGCAGCCCGGGACGGCAGCAGCAGCUGCUGCUGCUGCAGCAGAGCUGGCAGCAGCGAGUAUGGCCCCCGGAGCCUCUGAAUUGGUGCGCUUAGAACCAGCAGCAACAACAGCAGCAGCAGCAGCAGCAGCAGCAGCAGCAGUACGUAGUCCUGCUGUGACGUUGCUGCGAGCGCCUGUGGCGAGCAGCCGCUUCCACCCCGUAGCUGACAGACUCCUCAUAUCCUGCCCCGACGGGGCAACGACGACGGGGUGCGCGGUUUCUAUGCCUAACGGAGUGCUGCAUCUGCGGCUGCUGGACGCCAUGCCUGCUCCUUCGGGUGCUCGUCGUGGUGCUGUUAGCAGCAGCAGCAGCAGCGGCGGCUGUACAGCAGAAGACGCAGGAGCAGGAGCAGCAGCAGGAGCUGCGUGUGGGGGCAGCAGCAGCAGCAGUUUUUUUGAGAUGGAUGUGCAGCAGCAGACUUCUCAAGACGGUCUAGGAGGGAGCAAGCAGCAGACGCGCACAGCAGCAGCAGCAGCAGCAGCAGCAGCAGCAGCAAACGCUGAUGCAUGCAUGCAUGUAGACUUUGCUUAUGCUGUGCGGUGGCCAGGCAUAGAGACCCUUAGCGUUGCAGCAGAAGAUGAAGAUCUGCCUUGUGAAUCUGUCUCCUGCAGCAGCAGCGAAGGGGAGGAGGAGAAUCCAACGCCAGCAGCAAAUGCAGCAGCAAAAGCAGCUGCUGCAGCAGCAGAAGGGAAGGCAGGGGAAGCAGGUGAUGACCCUGCAGCAGCAGCAGCAGCAGGGAAAGAAGCUGCUGCUGCUCCUGCAGCAGCAGCAGCAGCAGCUGAAUGCCCUAACCGGUGUCUUGUUGUUCCUGAAGACCCCAACAGCCCUGCAGCAUUUUCUGUUGCUGCUGCUGCGCUGCAGCCACGAGAGCUGCAGCAAAUUGCUGCUUCGCUGACGAAGCAGCUGCAGCAAUGCUGCCCAGUGCUGAAGGGACAGAUUCCUUAUAAAACUUUAAAAACAUUCAGGCCGCUGCAGCAGCGGGGCAGUUCUGGGGUGUAUAGUCAGGAGCAGCAGCAGCUAAUGGAGCAGCGGCUGCAGCAGCACCUCAUGGAGGAACAGCAGCUGCAGCUGCAGCAGCAGCUGCAGCAGCAAAAACGCAUUAUGCUUUCAGCAGCUAACCCAGCCCACCAAGUCCUAGACCUUCGUGAACUGCUGGGGGCUGUCUGUCUUGCGGACCCGACAGUGCAGCAGCAGCAGCAGCAGCAGCAGCAAGAGCUGCAGCAGCAACAGCAGCAAGAGCUGCAGCAGCAGCAGCAGCAGCAGCAGCAAGAGCUGCAGCAGCAGCAGCAGCUGCAGCAGCAAGAGCUGCAGCAGGAAGAGGACGAGCAGCAGCAGCAGCAGCAGCACAACAUUCGGAAGUCUGCUGCUGCAGAUGACGUCGCGCCGAGCAGCAAACGCUUGAAGAGGGCACAGGGCGCUGCUGCUGCUGCAGCUACUGCCGUUGCUGCUGCUGCUGCUGCAUGUACACCUGAGACGGUGAAAGGCAGUAUUACUGCAGGAGUAAGUGCUGCUGUAGAUGCUGCUGCAGCAGAAGCUGGUGAUGCACAGGUUGCUGCUGCUGCUGCUUCUGAGGGUCUUGCUGCAGCAACAGUUGAUGCCACGGCAGCAGCCGCCAAAAGAGAAGCAACAGAGGAGCCCCUUGCUGCAGCAGCAGCAACAACCGAAGCAGCAGCAGCUGCAGAUUUGCUUGCAUUCGCUGCUAUGCAACUGACCAGCAGCAGCAGUAAAAGCAGCAGCAGCAGCAGCAGCAGCAGCAGCACAGAAGGGGUGAAGGCCUCUGGGGAGGAGGAGGCUGCCCACUCGUGGGGCGAGCAGACAGCAGCGGCAGAACAGCAGCAGCAGCAGCAGCAGCACCAACAGGAGCGAAAGCAGCAGCAAAAUGAAGCAACUCAGCAGGAGGCCGUUGCUGCUGCUGCUGCCGAAGCAGCAGCAGCAGCGCCAGAGCCAACGUCGCCUCCAGAGAUAGAAGCUGAGGCUGCUACAUCCGUGAGGACAGCAGCAGCUGCUGCAGCAACAGAUGCUGCAGCAGCAGCAGAUGUUACUGCGGCAGCAGAUGGUGCUGCAGCUGUUGCUGCUGCAGCAGAUGCAGCAGCAGAAGCCUCUUCGGCUUCGAGGGAGUUGCACCAGGCUAUAGAACCAACAGACGCAGCAGCAGCAACAGCAACAGCAGCAGCAGCAGCAACGGGAGAAACGAAAGCUGGGGACACAGCAGCUGAAGCAGAAGCAGCAGCUGAAGCAAAGACAACAGCCAAAACAGCAGCAGCAGCCGAAGAAAUAGCAGCAGCUGAAGCAGCCUCAGCAGCCGAAGCAGCAGCAGCGACAGAUGCAACAGCAGCAGCUGCAGCAACAGCAGCAGACGCUGCAGCAACUGCAGAAACUGCAAGAGCAGCAGCAGCUGAAGCAACAGCAACAGCGGAAGCAGCAACAGCAGCUGAAGCAGCAGCAGCUGAAGCAGCAGCAACUGAAGCAGCAGCAGCUGAAGCAGCAGCAGCAGCAGCAGCAGGAAGAGGAGUAGCUGCCGAAACAGCAGCAGCAGAGGCAACAAAGCAUGCAGCAGAUGCCGCUCAGGGAGCAGCAGCAGCACCAGCAAAAGACGUUGCUGCGCCCGAAGUAGCUGAGGCAGAAGCAGAGGCAGCAGCUCCUGCUGCAGCAACAAUCGCUGGUGCAUCUACAGGAGCUGCUGCUGCUGCUGCUGCAUUACGUAGAGCGCCCGCUAAAGCUGCUGCAGAAGCAGCACCAGCAGAAGAGGAAGCAGCAGCAGCAACAGCAGCUGCAGCAGCAAAACCAUCAUCACGGCGCUGCAGCGACGGGCCAAAGGAUGCAGAAAAAGCAGAAAAAGCAGCAGCAGGAGCAGCAGCAGAGGGAGAUGGUGCUGCUGCAGCAGCAAGCGCAGCCGCGUCUAUAGCAAAAACCUCGGAAGCAGAAGCAGCAUCGUUAAGGGGAAGGAGAGCAGCAGCAUCAGCAGAACGAGCAGGAGCAGCAGCAGGAGCAGCAGCAGCAGUAGAAAGAGCAGCAGCAACAGAAACAGCAGAACAAGCAGCAGCAGCAGCAGAGGAAGAUGAUGAUGAAGAUGGAAGAGACCCCUGGGCCCCUAUGCUGUCUCCCAUCCAAGAGGAGCUGCCUAGCAGCAAACGAAGCAGCUGCAGGACUUCGCUUAGCGACAGCAGCAACUGCAGCAGCAGCAGCAGCAGUAGCAGCAGCAGCAGCAGCAGCAAGCGGAGAGGGGAUCGGCACAGGAGACACACAAACAGCACUGCAGCAGACUCCCACAGAACCAGCAGCAGCAGCAGCAGCUCGCGCGGCAGUAGGGAGACCCUUCGUUCUUAUGCUGUUGAUUCACUUGUAAGCAGCAGCAGCAGCAGGGAAGGUCGCAGCAGCACUGGCAGCUAUACCAGGGCAGAAAGGCUGCACAGAUCAACCGGCAGCAGCAGCAGCAGCAGCAGCAGCAGCAAGGGAGGGAUUUCCCUAUCGAGGGCCUCUUCAUUCGAAGAGAGUGCAGCAGCAGCAGCAGCAGGUAUGUCUGACUCGGAUGAUCCCUGGACUCCGGUCCCCUCAUUAGAUGCAGCAGCAGCAGCAGCAGCAGCAGCAUCGCCUAGCAGCAGACACGGCAGCAGCUCGAGGGACAUUGGGGGUCUCAACCAACGAGAAGGCAGCGCUGGUGGGUCUGUUAGCUGCUCCUCUCCUAGCGGCUUCCUGCAGCAGCAGCAGCAGCAGGAGUAUGGGCAAAGCAGACAGGGCAGCAGCAGCAGCAGCAGCAGCAGCGCUGAGAUGGGGGGCAUUGAAGGUAGAGGCUCUGCCCCCUCAAGGCCGCUGUCUCCUCGCCGCAUGCAUUCUAGGUUGCGGCGUCAGCAGCAGCAGCAGCAGCAGCAGGAGCUUGAUGAAGAGGACGAGCACGAGCACGAUCAGCAGCAGCAACAGCAGCAGCAGCGGCGCAUGGGUGUGGGGCCCCCUCCCCCUUUAUCUAGGGGUCGUCCUUUGCUGCUGUCUUCAUUGAACCGUCAUGCACCUCCUUCUUCAAGAGGAGACAGAGGACAGCCGCUGCUGCCUUGGGGUUUAAAUGCGCAGCAAACAGCAAACCCUCCUCUUCAGCUUCUUCCUGCUGCUGAGCAGCGCAUCUUCUCUUGCUGGAGACAUUCUGAGGACCCAUUUGCUGCUCCUUAUCCACCUGACCCUCCACUCAGACACCGCAUUCGAGAUUUCCAAGACUAUAGACCUCUCAGACCAGGGGGCCCCCAUGGGGGCCCCCCUCAUGGAGGGGGGCCCCCCCAUGGAGGGGGCCCCCACGGUGGGGGCCCCCACGGUGGGGGCCCCCAUGGAGGAGGGCCUCAUAGUGGGGGCCCCCAUGUUGGGGGCCCCCAUGGUGGAGGGCCUCAUAGUGGGGGCCCGCAUGGAGGGGGCCCCCAUGGAGGGGGCCCCCAUGGGGUAGUUGGUUCGCAUGGGGGCCCCCCUGUUCAUGGGUGCAGUUCAGGCAGCUGGGAUAUGCUGCGGUCUCCUCCUCAUGGGGGUACAGAGAGAGACAGAAGAAUGGGUGGGGGGGCCCCCAGUGGGGGCCCCCAUUGGGAUGGGCGUGAAGAGGGGUUGAUAGCAAGGGGUUUGAGGAGGCCUGCUUCUUCUUUAGGCUACAGACACCAGCGCUCACACCCCUGGGUUUUUGCUGAGCCCUCGGCUUUGCAGCAGGCUUUGCUGCUGCUGUUGCAGCAGCAGCAGCAGCAAACGCUGCAGCGCAGUGUAGCGCGAGACGUGUGCAGCGCAGUGGAUAUCAGAAGGAGCCGCAGGCAGACAGCAGCAAACAGCAGCAGCAGUAGCAGCAACAACGAAGAGACAGACAGACGAAAAGGGAGACAGCCAGCAGCAAGCAGCAGCAGCAGCAGCAGCAAUAACGAACAACGAGAAGGGGAGUGGACGAAAGCUGAGAUGAGCCCGGAGGGGCACAUCGUAGCUAUCUACGGGCUUGAGGGUUUGCUCCCCAGGGCGCUCCUUCUCCCAGACCCCACAACCGCUUCAAUUCAUUUUUGUCGCAGCCGUUGCAGUAACAGGAACAGCAGCAACAGCAGCAGCAGCAGCAACAACAACGGCAGCAGCAGCAGCAGCAGCAGCAACAGCAGCAGCAGCAGCAGCAACAGCAGCAGCAAGAGCAACAGCAACGGCAGCAGCAGCAGCAGCGGCAGCAGCAGCAGCAACAGCAGCAGCAGCUGCUGCUGCUGCUUCGGACACGGCAAGGGCAGAGAGUGGCUGCUGGGAGCUCCUCUGAAGCAGCAGCACCUUCGGCUGCUGUUGUUGUUGCUGCAGCUGUUGCUGCUGGCGCUGCUGUUUCUGCUGCUGCUGACUGCGCUGACGAUGGAUUCCUGCAGCAGCAAGCGCAGCGAGCCUCCGUCUGCUGCAGCAGCAGCAGCAGCAACAGCAGCAAGAGCGGAUCUGGAGUGUACAGACAGGUGCGUAUCUCAGAGCCCUCAUAUAUUUGAUAUCUGCUUCCACCCCACAAACCCUAAACUAGUUGCUGCUGCUGCAUUUGAAGGAGAGAUAGAGCUGCAUGCAUUACCAGAGAAAGAUGUGCUGCAGCAGCACCUGCAGCAGCAGCAGCAGCAGCGAGACAAGCAACGCGAGCUCAAAAGGCAGCAGCGACGCAGACUCCGACUGCAGCAGAAGCGCGAGCAGCAGCAGCAGCAGCAGCAGCAGCAGCAGGGUGUUGAUGAAGGCGACAGCAGCAGCAGCAGCAGCAGCAGCAGCAGCAGCGAUUCAUCUGAUGAGGAAGCCCCGGAUCGCUUCCUAGAAGCAGACUUAGAGUGUUUACAGACCCGCAUCCAAACCCUAAACCCUCACAAGAAGUCGUGCAGGGCUAUUCACUUCUGGAAGGAAGGAAACGCUAUUUUAAGUGCGUCAGCUGAUGGGCGAUGCUGCAUCGUCGAUGUCGACUCGGGGGUUUGUACAUGGCGGUCUCUUCGCAGCAAGGCUGGCUUCGACGCGGCAACACCACUCUCUUGCAAUGCAUUUGCAGCAGCAGAUGAAAGCGGUAGAAUAUCAUUGUGGGACACCCGCCAGCAAAAACCGACAAAGAUAUUUCCUCCUGAAAUGCCUGGAGUCUCGAGCAUGUGUUACUCUUCGAGUUUGCUGCUCACGGCGGGCUGCGGAUAUUUGACUGUCUUUGAUCUCAAAAAGGCGAAACUGAAGGCACGCAGCGACGAGUUAGAGGCAGACUUCACCAGUGUGCUUAGAGCUAAAGAGGGUUCAAAGGUUUGCUGCGGCUCCGAGGAAGGCAAUAUUUGUCUCUUUACUUGGGGCGACUUCGGCGAUUUCAGCGACAGAAUUACAGACAUACGAACAGGGGUUAAUGCAUUGGUCAAGCUCGAUGAAGACACCCUCCUCGCGGGCUGCGGCGACGGAUGCAUUCGCGUAGUUCAGCUGCACCCCAACAGAAUUGCAGGGAUCUUGGCGGGGCACGGUCGUCGCGAUGGGCCUGUUGAGCGUUUGUCUUUGAAUUGCGACAAAACCCUCCUAGCUUCGAUUGCCCACGACAGCAGAAUUCGGAUUCAUGACGCGAAGAAGGUGGAGAAGAUGAAGACCAAAGUCGUCAGGCGUCUGAAGAAAUCUCAGCAGCCCCAUCACGACUUGCGCUCCGGCAAAGAUUUCUUUGACGAUUUGUAA